AUGUUCCGGAUUCUUCUGGAGGUUUUGACCUUUGACGUAUUUGACAAAGGUUUUCCCGACUUUGGAAGGUGCCAUUUCCAGGACGUGCCGUCAAACCGCUGGGAUAGCAUAGCCGAGGGAGAGGAGCGGGACCAGGAGAGGGACCAGGAGAGGGACCAGGAGAGGAAACAGGAGAGGGAGCAGGAGAGGGACCAUGAGAGGGACCAGGAGAGGGACCAGGAGAGGGAACAGGAGAGGGAGCAGGAGAGGAAACAGGAGAGGGAGCAGGAGAAGGACCAUGAGAGGGACCAGGAGAGGGACCAGGAGAGGGAACAGGAGAGGGAGCAGGAGAGGAAACAGGAGAGGGAGCAGGAGAGGGACCAUGAGAGGGACCAGGAGAGGGACCAGGAGAGGGAACAGGAGAGGGAGCAGGAGAGGAAACAGGAGAGGGAGCAGGAGAAGGACCAUGAGAGGGACCAGGAGAGGGACCAGGAGAGGAAACAGGGGGGGAGCAGGAGAGGGACCAUGAGAGGGACCAGGAGAGGGACCAGGAGAGGGACCAGGAGAGGGAACAGGAGAGGGAGCAGGAGAGGAAACAGGAGAGGGAGCAGGAGAAGGACCAUGAGAGGGACCAGGAGAGGGACCAGGAGAGGGAACAGGAGAGGGACCAUGAGAGGGACCAGGAGAGGGACCAGGAGAGGGAACAGGAGAGGGAGCAGGAGAAGGACCAUGAGAGGGACCAGGACAGGGAGCAGGAGAGGGACCAUGAGAGGGACCAGGAGCAGGACCAGGAGAGGAAACAGGAGAGGGACCAGGAGCAGGACUAGGAGAGGAAACAGGAGAGGGAGCAGGAGAGGGACCAGGAGCAGGACUAGGAGAGGAAACAGGAGAGGGAACAGGAGAGGGACCAGGAGCAGGACCGUGAUUGGUCGGUUUAUUCAUUAG